CCCCCCCCCCAAAAAAAAAAGAGCGGGACGGGGAGGGUUUACCUUUCUCCAUUAUUGACGUCUCCUCUCUCUCUCUCUCUCUCCCCUCCGAUGGAACAACCCCAAGGGCAUGCUGGGAUCCCAAUCCCAACCCCUACCUAUUCAUCUCCCGUCUCCGAUCACGAUGAAGAUCAUCCUGAUAUCUCGCCUGUCGGCUCCCCUGACCUCACCGAAUCUGACAACCCACCGCCCUCAGAUCAGCCCCACUCUUCUGCACUCUCCGAUGAUCUUCGCCUCAAGAUUAUCAAGCAGGUCGAGUAUUACUUCAGUGAUGAAAAUCUGCCAAAUGACAAGUUUUUGUUGAAAUAUGUUACAAAAAAUGUAGAAGGAUACGUUCCCAUUGGAGUUAUUGCCUCUUUUAGAAAAAUGAAGAAGCUUACAAGAGACACGUCAGUCAUUGUGGCUGCACUGAAGGAAUCUGCUCUUCUUGUUGUUAGUUCCAACGGAAAAAGGGUGAAGCGCCUUCAUCCUCUUCCAUUAGCUGAGGUCAAGGAUCCGAUGGUAUGCACUGUGCUGGUGGAGAAUCUACCAGAGGAUCAUUCAUUAGAGAACCUUCGUCGAGUGUUUGGUGAAGCUGGAAACAUAAAGAAUAUUACCAUCCGUGACCCACAUGAUGGUAGAGGGCCAAAAAAGUGCACGGUAGCGGAGAAGCUGAUAAGCGGGAAGUUGCAUGCUCUUGUGGAGUACGACAGUGUGGAGGCUGCAGAGAAAGCUGUGGCCACUUUAAACAAUGAACAAGAUUGGAGAUAUGGGUUGCGGGUUAAGCUUCUCAAAAAAUUGAAUAAGCCAGGGCAGAAGAAAAAAAUGUGGAGAGAGUCGGAGACUGAGAAGUGUAGUACUGUGCAAACGUCUGAGCCAGCUGGGAAUGAGGAGAACCACUAUACAAGUGAACAACAUGAUGAUUCACACGAAGAGGAGAAGUCCCUCAAUGUAAACAGUUUGGAGAAUCAACUUGACUUCAUACUGGGAAGUAUAGAGGAUGUGGAACAUUUAUCAAGAAAAGAAAACGGGGUGCAUUUGCCUAAAGAGAAAAAUGGGCAGAGAGGUGGAAACCGAGGACGUGGAAGGCGACAGAAGUACCACGGCACAAAUGGACAUGGACACGGAACACAAUAUUCAUCUCAUGGUAUUGAGCCGACAAAGCCGCCACCAGGCCCAAGAAUGCCCGAUGGAACCAGAGGAUUCGCCCUGGGCCGGGGAAGGCCUCUAGCCACCAGCUAGGCGGGUUCUUGAUGACAAUCCUUACCUUGAAAGUAAAUACAUUUGUCAUGUCCAGAAAAAUUGUAACCAUAACAUUUUGGAACCUGUCAUCGGAUGUUGUACAACAAUAGCACCGUGGUUACAGGUUCUGUAGUAUGUAAAAACAGCUGUGGGUACUUUGGUAGGUGUGCCAUUGCUUUGUUUCCCCUAUUGUCUUAUGAACAGUUUGCAUUGGUUUAUACCAAGACAAAAUCGAUGCCCAUUGUGACCUUGUUUUGUAGCAAACAUGGCGUUUGUAUAGGUAAUCAGUGUGAUGGAUUUUUGUGGUAAUGAACGAGAGAAAUGUAGUUGGAGUCUUGGAGACAACAGUUUAAAACCACAGGGCCUUAAAAGUA